AUGCCUCUGAAUACUGCUGGGGCCGUGAUCCGAACACGUCUCGUCAUUUUAUUCCUUACCACCACCUGGCUGGCCCUUGCCAGUCUCAGUUCCGCCAUUGUACAUUUUGCGGUCGUCCUGAGAGAUUGCGCAAAAUCUGACCUCGUCACCCCGAGCGACUCUAUUUUGGACAUCACAUUCCAAAACCUCAUGGACAACGUCGUCGAGGGCAUGGUGAUUGUAGCCCUUAUCUCAGCUUUGUUUUCCAUCUUCGGGUUUGUCCUCAUGAUCUACCCAAAAUGGCUACAGGAGAACUGCAACAUUCGAGUUUACUACAGUUGCGUUCAAAUCAUUGUGAGCUUGGCCGUUCUCUCCCUAGAGGGUUAUGUUGCCAGCCACGUCCACGGUUUUCAGACAUCCUUC